GUGCCACACAUAGCCAAGAGCCGCUGUGGGGUACUAGCCUACAGUCAAGACAUGACCCUACAUCAUGUAAUGUCUUGACUGUAGGACCCCAUCGCGUCUCUCGGAUAGUCAUUUGGUCAAAAUAGACCUGUGAAAUCCGAUGAAAACACGAUAUUUGUUAAGUGGAUACAUAUCAGAACCAGAUUGAUCAGUUAGUAUCGACUUUUAGUCCCUUGCCUUGCCUUCGUGCCUUGUGCAAACAGUUGGCUUUUACAAGCUCCUCACAGCGAUGUCCUGUUCGCGGUGCUCCCGAGAGCGUAACGAAGGUGUCACGCACUGUGAAGGAGCUUUGUGUUUACCCUUCCAAGGGAGGUAGCUCUGAAGAUAUAAUUGUAAACUGUUGCAAUACAGUUGACAUCCGAGUCAGGAUCUUGUAUUGUAUCAAAUCUUGACCAAUCGAGUCGAUAGAUAUUUAAAUGCGAUUUCGUCCUCUCGUUCGACUUGGCUUCAGCUGUGCCAGCAGGUAAUGGAUCUACAUACAUAAUUAAUCGCGGUUUUACGUAUUGUAUUUGUUGCUGAAGUGUGAACCGGUGACGUGAGUGCAUUCUGCCGCCAGACACUGAACGAUCAGCUGAUCAAUAGAAUGAGCAGAGAUCGUACUACCAGUAGUGCAGUGAGGCCCAGCAAUGUGGCCACCCAGUACCAGGAGCAGCUGUUUGACAGUGCUGCCAAGGGCAAUGUAGAACAUGUCCUCGCCAUGCUUAAAGCAGCCGUGGAUGUUGAUGCCAAGAAUGAUCAUGGGUGGACAGCGCUGAUGUUUGCUGCCAGGAAUGGCCAGGUGCCUGUCAUCAAGUCCUUGUUAGAACAAGGGUGUAGUAUGAAUGUCCUCAACUCAUCCGGCCAGACAGCUCUGGAUAUCGCCAACUUCUGGAACCACAGCGAUGCAUCUAGCGCCCUCUCUGACGGAGCUGUCGUUCCCACCCAGGAGUGUCAGAACUACUACUCCCUCAACCCACUUAACAGAGCCUCUGACCGGAGAAAACACCCGGAAUGGAUCCACCAAGCUGUCAGAAGGGACAACACAAAGUUCAUCCUUUUCUCAGAUCUGAAUCCCUUUCUUAUAGAGGACACAAACCAAAAGUCCAAGAAGAGUAAAUAUGUCCUAGGUCUGUUCAGUUAUAAUCAGCUAGCAGAACAUAUAGCAAAGAAACCUCUACUCAUAUUCCUAGGGCUUGAAACUUGGGACCCUGAGUCUGCUGUGUGGUUUGCUGUUGAUGUCACAGGGGUCGAAGAGAGCAAACUGAAGGAUGUGCACAAAGAUGGCUUCUUUGCAAAUCCGUUUCCAUUAACUAUGCAGAUGGAUGACCGACAUGCUGGAAUAUUUGCUGAAGCUCGGUCUAUUCUAACCUGGCAUGAUCGGUACUCCUUCUGUGCUACAUGUGGCAGCUCGACAGUGGUGCAGGAGGCGGGCUACAAACGGGUGUGCGGCAACGCUGACUGCCGCAGUCACAAGGGGAUCCACAACACCUGUUACCCCCGAGUUGAUCCAUCCCUCAUUAUGCUGAUUGUCUCCCCUGACGGCACUCGAUGUCUGCUGGGCAGGAAGAAGACCUUCCCACCCAAGAUGUUCUCGUGCCUCGCUGGCUUCAUGGAGCCAGGUGAAAGUAUCGAGGACACCUGUAGGAGAGAGGUGGAGGAGGAGAGCGGGAUACAAGUGGGCCAUGUGGAGUAUCACUCCAGUCAGCCAUGGCCGUUCCCUGCUGUCCUCAUGCUGGGAUGCAUCACCCAUGCCAAGACAGAAACAAUCAAGCUUGAUAAUGAUGAUGAGCUAGAGGCUGCCCAGUGGUUCUCAAGGCCGGAGAUUGUCCAGAUGUUGACCCAUCAGCACCCAGGUGGCCUCUUCGUUCCACCGAGACAAGCUAUAGCUCACCAGCUCAUCAGGACAUGGGUUGGGAAGACCAGCAACCUGUAACUCAUCUACACAAGGGGGGAGGAGCAAGAUGGAGAUUGUAGGAGCAAGAGGUGGGAGAAUCUUUCCACCAUCACACUGAUUCACAGUCAGGGAAUAAUGAUGAAUAUUAUAAUCAUUAAUUAUUCUUUAUCACCAAUCAUGCAGAAUUCAUUAAUUUUAUUGAAUAAUUUUAGUAGCAUGUUACCAUGAGUUUAUGUAAAUGAUUCUCGGGGAUCUCCUGUCUGUGAUAUUUAUAUUUAUAUAUUCAAGAAAUAAAAUUUAGAACAUAGAA